CAGCAUUACUACCUUAAACAGAGUUUCCAUACACAGUUGUUGUUUUUUAAAAGCUUUAAUUGUUUUUUAAAAAGGCGGUAGUACAUGAUAUUUUAUUUUUGCUGUAAACUAAUAGAUAAAUAUUAUUCAUGCACAAUACAAAUUUUUAUACCAUUAGACUUUUUUUACAUUUGCUUUUCAUUUUACUGAGCGCCUUCUCUUUCUUGCACUGCGCAAAAAGAAAAAAACGGAUGAUCGCAUCAGUAACGGUCUUCUGCAAUCGGUGGUUGAUGGUCCCACAGACCAACACCACUCCCGGUUUUUACCAUGGGCUGUAACCUAAAAAAUACACGCCCCUACACGACCUUCUGUUAACCAAACUAGAAAUGCUCAACUUUCCACUGCAAGAGAGAGGACGAGGUGUGCACCGACGCUUUUCAGUAAACGAAUUAUGAGACAUUGUCUAUUCCAUCUGAAUGGUAAAUGUGUAGCACUCAUCCCUUUACUAGCAGUAUCGAGUUGGUUUGUGGUGCAUAGCGCGGAACUUCUCAGAAAAAAAAGGAUUUGAUGCAGAAACCUCCGAUGCCAUCUGAGGAUGCAGCACGGGCGAGUGCGGGUGCCGCUCCGGAGGCUGCGGACUCGGCCCUGCGUGAAGACGCGCAGCCUCACGAUUCUCCUGGAAAACACGCCGUGUCCGUUCUGUGGUCAUUUGGAAAGUGCCUAGGUGCCUUACUGCCUGUCUACCUGGCCGGUUAUUUUGGAUUCAGCAUCAGCUUAGUUUUGCUCGGUCUCAUUGUGUAUACGGGAUGGAAACACGGCCGCGAUGGAAAGCAAGCGCGACUGCAAAGCGCGAUGUAUUUUUCGGAGAAUGAGCAGGAUGUCACGACUACACGGGUGUUUAGAAGUAAACGGGACUUACCGGCAUGGGUGAGCUUCCCUGAUGUGGAAAAGGUUGAGUGGAUGAACAAGAUAUUGCAGCAGGCCUGGCCGUUCAUUGGACAGUAUUUGGAGAAGCUUCUAGUGGAGACCAUUGCUCCUUCGAUCCGAACCGCCAGCGCUCAUUUACAAACACUAAGCUUCACCAAAGUUGACUUGGGAGACAGGGCUAUGAAGGUAGUUGGGGUAAAGGCCUACACUGAGCAUGAUAAGCGUCAAGUGAUUCUGGAUCUUUAUAUCAGCUAUGCUGGAGAUAUGGAGAUAAACGUUGAAGUGAAGAAGUACUUCUGUAAAGCAGGAGUGAAGGGUAUUCAGCUCCAUGGGAAGUUGAGGGUGAUCUUGGAACCCCUAAUUGGAGAUGUUCCUCUUGUUGGAGCCAUCACCAUGUUCUUCAUUCGCAGACCUAAGCUGGACAUCAACUGGACUGGCCUGACCAAUUUAUUAGACAUACCUGGUUUAAAUGCCAUAUCGGACACUAUGAUAAUGGAUGCAAUCGCCUCUUUCCUGGUUCUCCCCAAUCGUCUCACUGUACCUUUGGUGGCCAACCUGCACGUAGCACAGCUCCGUUCCCCUCUUCCACGGGGUAUAGUGCGUAUCCACUUGCUGGAGGCAGAAAACUUAGCUGCCAAAGAUAACUAUGUGAAAGGCAUUAUGUCUGGGAAAUCGGACCCGUAUGCUGUGCUGCGGGUGGGCACACAGAUUUUCACCUCCCACCAUGUGGACAACAACCUCAAUCCUCAGUGGAGGGAGAUGUACGAGGUUAUUGUUCAUGAAGUGCCUGGUCAGGAGCUCGAGCUGGAGGUGUUUGAUAAAGACCCUGACCAGGAUGACUUUCUUGGAAGGUUGAAGCUGGAUUUAGGUAUUGUACAGAAAGCCGUAAUUUUGGAUGAGUGGUACACUCUGAAGGAUGCACCAUCAGGUCAGGUUCAUCUCAGGCUGGAAUGGCUCUCUCUGUUGCCCUCUGCAGAGCGCCUGACUGAGGUGCUGCAGAGGAAUGAAAACAUUACAAUUUCCAGUAAAACAGCAGAUCCCCCAUCUGCUGCCAUUCUGACUGUGUACCUGGACCGGGCCCAAGAUCUACCUUUUAAGAAAGGUAAUAAGGACCCCAGCCCCAUGGUACAGGUUUCUGUGCAGGAUACGACCAAAGAGAGCAGGACGGUGUAUGGGACUAAUAAUCCAGUGUGGGAGGAUGCCUUUACAUUUUUUAUUCAGGACCCUCGUAAACAAGAUAUCGACAUCCAGGUGAAAGAUGAUGACAGGGCUUUGACUCUGGGCAGUCUGUCUGUCCCCCUCUCCCAUCUUCUCUCCAGCAUUGAGCUUAGCAUGGAUCAGUGGUUUCAGCUGGAAAAGUCUGGACCGGCCAGCCGCAUCUACAUCACAUUUCUGUUGAGGUUGUUGUGGCUGAAUGAGGAAGCAAUCCCAACCACACCUGUAUCUCCAAUACCAGGAGAGGGGAAUACUGAAUCUGAGGUGUCUCCAGGGGCAACAAAAGUGACCCCCACCUCCAAACGUCCCGAGCACACCAGCCCAGACAGCAGCUUUACCUCUGAGGGUGUUCUGCGGAUCCACCUGGUAGAGGCCCAAAGUCUCAUUGCUAAGGACAGUCUAAUGGGUGGCAUGAUGAAGGGAAAGAGUGACCCUUAUGUGAAGAUCCGGGUGGGAGGAAUGACCUUCAAGAGUCAGGUCAUCAAAGAGAACCUCAACCCUGUCUGGAAUGAACUUUAUGAGGUGAUUUUGACCCAGCUCCCAGGUCAAGAGGUAGAGUUUGAGCUGUAUGAUAAAGACAUUGAUCAGGACGACUUCCUCGGCAGAGUCAAAGUGAGCCUCAGAGAGCUCAUUAGUGCUCAGUUUAAUGACCAGUGGUAUACUCUGAAUGAUGUGAAGUCUGGACGUCUUCAUCUGGUGAUGGAAUGGCUGCCUAAAGUGUCAGAUGCCACCAGACUUGAACAGAUUCUGCGUUACAACUCUCAGCAGUCUUACCUGAAUAAAACAGUUCCCUCUGUUGCAAUGCUGUUUGUGUAUAUUGAGAGAGCACAUGGUCUACCUUUGAAGAAGAGCGGCAAAGAGCCGAAAGCAGGUGUAGAGCUGUCAAUCAAAAAUGUGUCCUACCGGACAAAAGUUUGCACACGCUCGACUUCUCCACAUUGGGAUGAAGCUUUUCAUUUCCUGAUUCGUGACCCAAGAGAAGACACACUUAUUGUCAAACUCUCUCACAGCUGGGGUCAGGCUCUGGGUGCUCUUGUGUUUCCUGUGAGGGAGCUGCUGGUUGAGAAAGAUCUGCUGCUGGACCGCUGGUUCAGUCUGGAUGGAGCCAUGCCUGAGAGUCAGAUCCUGCUGAGAGCUGAAGUUAAGCUCUUAGAUUGUAAAUUGGCACAGUGUAGUGAUGGCACAGCCGGUGCAGAAGAAGUUCCCAGUGGAGAGGCAGCUUCUGCAGCCAAUCGUGAGUUCAGGCACAGGAAUGUGCACGCCCAAGGAGGUGAGGAUGCUAGAGCAAGUAGAAAAGCCCAGGUGAAGCUCACUAUUGCUUAUUCAUCUGAGGAGAACAGAUUAGUUAUCACCAUCCAUGCCUGUAGGAACUUGCCAUCUUACUUUAAGGAUUCCCCAGACACUUACGUCACAUUCAUUCUCCAACAUGACAAGAACCGUAACACCAAAAAAAAGACCAGUGUUAAGAAGAAAAACCUUAAGCCUGAGUUCAAUGAGAGGUUUGAUUUUGACAUGUCACUUGUAGAAGCUAAACAGAGACACAUUGAACUGUCUGUCAAAAACAGUGUUUCCUUCAUGAGUCGUGAAAAAGAGCUUCUUGGAAUGCUUCAUAUAGACUUGAAUCAGCUGGAUCUCAAAACAGGAGUAACACAGUGGUAUGACUUGUUGGAUGAGACCAACUGAAUGGACCUUCCUAUAUUGACUUUUGACCAUUUAAUGUUUACUUACCCUGAGACUUGGAAGGGACCAGAGAGUCCUGAGUUUGAUGGUGUCAGGACCAUGAUUGCAACAUGGAAUUGCUGUGCAACUUGCUUUGACCCAAACAAGCCUGCUUAAGAUGCAUCAUAAACUAUUCUAGCACAUGAAGCCUAAGAGGGCAUUGCCUUGAGCAAUAAUGUUUUUUAUUUUUUUUAUUUUUUUUUGUGAAAAUAUAUGUUUUUAAGUAUUUUAAGGGUUAGUUCACCCAAAGUCGUCAUUUACUAACCCUCAUGUUGUACACAGAUGAGUUUCUUUCUUCUGUGGAACACAAAAGGUGAUGUUAGGCAGAAUGUUAGCAUCAGUCACCAUUUACUCUUUUUAUGGAAAAAAGGAUGCAAUAAAAUUGAAUGGUGACUGAGGUUAACAUUUUGCCUAACAUCUACUUUAGUGUUUCACAGAAGAAAGUUACACGGUUUAGAGCAAAAUGAUGGUGAUUAAAUAAUGACCGAAUUUUCAUUUUUGGGUGAACAAUCCAUAGCUUUUGCUUUUCUUUUUUAUAUAAGUUUCUGCAGUGUCAGUUUGUUACAAAUGUGACUUUUAGUGUCAUUGAGAAUGUUUACGAGUGGGAUGUUGGAGCUUCUGUUCAGCAGAGAAAUUUCAGUGUUUAUUAAUAUUCAUUGUAUGACAUUCCAACAUUUCAACAAGAAAAGUUUCUGGAACUGUUUGGUUCCCAAUCCAAUGCAAGUCCACAUGCAUUUCAAAAUGCACAACAAAAUAUUAGUAUUCUGUACAUUUUGUUUAGAAGAAGAAGUAUGUAAAGAAACCCAGAUGAAAGGAACCAUUUUCACUGUUUCCUCUUUGGAAUCGAAAAAUAACAAGGGGUUUGUUUAGUUAUUAUUUAGUCACUUGACUUCUUUUUUUAUUUUUGUAUGUUCUCACAAUUCCAAUGUAAGUUACUGCAAGAUGACAAUUGACUUUACACAUAUCGAAACAUUUUCAGUCACUGUGUAAUGUUUUUACCUUCCCAAAGAUAAAAAAGUCUUAUGUAUAUACAGUAAAUGUUUAAACCAAAAGGCAGCAUGAAUAUUUCUAAGCGCCAACUCUCUGAGAGAGUUAUCUGCUCAAAAAUGUUACAAAAAGUGCUUCUGCACCCUAUGACUCAGAGUCUGUAUUGCAGUUUUAAUAAAUAUGCCAUUUGCACUUUAAAUGCA